AUCUGAUAAUGUAAAUAGUGACACACAAAACACACUCGGCCUUCGCACUUUUGCUCAGCAAAUUGCAAAAACUCUCGAUAAUAAUAUUCACUAUUAAUAACGUUAAAAUAAUAAUGACACCAUACCAAUGAUUAAAGUGCGACAUAAAUUCAGUGCUACAAAACUACCUGUGGAAAAGGUGAGGGAUUUGAUAGUUACAUGUGCUGCUGCUUAUUUUGGGUAUUCCAUUUCAUUGAAUACUUAUUAUUGGGAGGAUGUAUGUAUUAAUGAACGAGUGACGAAUGAUUGAUCAUCUAGGACACUAUUAGUAAAAUAUUGAGUGCAAUGGAAACUCAUAAACCCGUCAUAUCUGAUUGAAAAUGCAAUUUGGAGACAAGAUAGUUCAAGUGCAGCUGAAAACGUGGGUUCUACAAAAUCCCCAGAAACGAUUGACGGAGGGAGCCGCAUUUCAAGACUGACCGACCUUCCAUUAAUUAAAAAAAAGAUAGAUAGUGUUUCCUGAAUGAAAUGAAGUGCUACCAAAAUAUAUCCAGUUUUAUGCUUUAUUCGUCUGUUGCUGAGCUGUAAUAACCCGAAUGAAUACGUCCAGAAAAGAAGGUAAAAAAACGAAGCAGAAAUAAAAUAUGAUCAAGAUAAUUACCUCCCCUAUAUCGACUUAGGGCAAUUCUAACUUUAAUUCCGCUCGAAUCAUGAAUGAUCCUACUCAUAAAAAUAUCUCUGUCUUAUUUAUUAUUAUUUAAGAACAUAAGAAAAGUGUAACAAGGAAAAAUUGUACUAAUAUAACGGGACAAUCAUAAAAUAACAGCUAUAAUAACAGAUAACUUCACAGCUUGGGACUAUUAACAAAGUAAGAAAACGAAAGUCUAUUUGUAUUAAAUAUAUACCAAUAUCAACAAACAAACCUAUCUUCAUAUCCAUGUAAGUAUUGAGUGCUAUUAUUUCAUACUUAAAAAGGAUAAGACAAAUGCUGAGAAUACAAAAUACAAAAUAAUAAUUAUAUUUAAAAGAAGAGACCAGCUAGCGCAAUUAGCUGUCUAUUAUCUAUCUAUUACACAAUUUCUGCUGGAGCAAUAUACUUAUAUGUGCUAGCAGUUCCUCCAUUGCAGAAAAGUGAAAAGAUUAUUCUGUGACUCUGUGAAUUUAUGGUACAAACAAAGUAACUCUGCUGUGGUUUUCUUCAACUUGUACAAGUCAUUAGCUACAAAACGAUCCAGCUAAUCUUGACCAGAGUGAAAAUAGAAAUCAACCAGUUAAAACGCAAGAUAAAACACAUCAUGCUGUUGCAAAUGCAAGUGUUUGUUUACUCUUCUGGUUCUGGAUAAGACCAUUUGAACAUGUACAACUGAAAUUUAAUGCACUAAGAAUCGCUUCCUUCCAUUUUGGACCACUAGUUUAUGUACAUGUUAAGAACGAUAAUGAGAGCUGUCUUGCACUCUGCUGAAGAAUCUAAUAUCCGCCAAUGAACUACCUUUCCCUUCCCACCAUACCAGCGAGAGUACGUACGAGAUGAAGAUGUGAGAAGAAUAAAGUAAAAGCCGUCAUUUCUUCGUCUUCGGACUUCGAUCCACCUCUCUCCUAGUUCUUUCUUGCCCACGUAAAUAAAUUGAGUAAGUGAAAGUAAGUAGAAAGGAAACUGAAUCCGACCGAAUCGCAUUUACCAUUUAGGAACUAUUUUUUUUCGACUCCCGAAAGGAACCACUUUCUACUCAAGAUUGCAGAUAUUUUUAGAAGAGAUGUGGAAUAAGUUGAGGAGAGACUUGAACUCACAAUAAAUCAAAAUAGGAAUACUCUCCACGCUGGACAACCCAACAACGUCAAGGACUAUAAUACAUACCACUUCUGACAUUCCUUCUUAUUAUUAUUGGUAGCUGUAUACAGCAAAAGCGGCAGCAGUACAUUCAGGCAACUCGUUUCCGGUGCUCAUUCAUGAUUAAUCGUUGAAGAAAGUUUAUUCUCGGUGGUUACUUUCUAUGUACUUUUGUUUGGCUCUCUGUUACGAGCGAACAAGACAAUCAAUUUUCCUUCAAGUAGAACAAUCUUCUACCAGUACGAGAAGAUGAAUUAAAUUCAAUACGCAACGUCUCUUCCUUCACUAUUCAUCCCUAUCUGUGAUAACUGGUGGCUUACUACCAUUUCCUUAAUAUACUUAAACCCAUGUACUAGUGCCCAUGCAGCGUCGGGGUAAUAAUAUUUGCCAGAGUACAAUAAGGUGAGAAAAUCUACUCACUGCUGAAGCUGCUGUAAUUUUUGUACUAUUAUGGCUUCUGCUACACAUUCAUCGCUGCAAGUGGAACAGAACAAUCCCCUCCAUCGCCGUCCAAUUGCCCUUUUGAAAGUGGCCUACGAUUAUGACUAUGACUACAAAACGCGAAAAGUGUCAGUGAGGGCAGGGGAACUGCUACAUUUACUUCAGAAAACUAAUGAACACUGGUGGAAAGUGAUCAGACCAGGUGUCAAUAACAAACCCUUCUUCGUACCGGCUCAAUAUGUCACUGAGGUGAGUCACCCAGCAGACCAAAGUCCAAAGGAAAAUGGACAAAAAUUGCCACUAACGAAAUUUCACUCUUUGGAUCAUGGAUCCCCAAAUUUAACCCCGAAAAAUGGUUCGAGUAAUAAGGAACGAGAAAGCGUAACCAAGAGUAAAAGCAAAGAAAGUUCUUUUUUCUCAUUCUCCAAGAGUGGUAAGAGCAGUAAGGUUACAAGAAAUGAAGGGUCAAGAGCGAGUCAUCGGGAAAAAAAUUCCAAACAACAGCAACAGGCGUCCACAACCAGCUCAAAGAAGAUCUCAUCCACUUCGUCGUCAGGAGGAGGAGGGAAGCUGAAGAAUUGGUCUGCAAGUUUGGAAGAAUUGUCUAAACAAAUCGUAUUUCCAGGACUGGCCUCCGAAUCUGUAGCGGAUUUAACCUUUGCCACAAGAGCGAUUCGGGACGAGAGGAAAGGAGGUCAUCAGAGUUGUGAACCUUUUGGACCAAGAGACGUGGACUCCACUACUGCCAUGGAUGACAUGAUGCACUCUGUGUCAUUCGGGAGAGAAAGGUCUUCCUUCAGUUCAUUUCACUGUGAUGACAAUAGAAAUCAAAACGUCCAUUCCAACUCAAUCAACAAGUGUCUAACGUUCCGCAACCCAACUUUUAACAAAAGUUCGGAAGGUUCUGCCGAUUCCAAAUGUAGUACUUCAGAGGAGAAACUGGAGACAGGAAGUUCAAGUCAUGAUAUUUCAGGAUCCCCAGGAUCACUUUCACAGGAGGGACAGAGCCCUCGUGUAGUGAACAACAUGGAAUCUGAUUAUACGAUUUCACAUAGUGCCAGUGGAACAAUCACAAAGGAACCAACGAGACUUCCAGCUACACCACCCAUCAAUUCCCCCGUCCGGAGAUUUCUUGCUGACGACUGGGCAGAGUAUCAAGAGGCAGAUAGCAAACGAUACUUUUACUACAACAGCAAAAGUAAAAUUACAAGUUGGAAGCCGCCCCGAACUUCUUCGUCAUCUUCAAAUAAGAAAUCUGAUGAACACCUUGGCGGCGGUGGUUCAUCAUUAAGCGACGGAUCUGCUAAUGCGUCUUCCCUUGAGAAAUCGUUGGAAUCCUUGGAAAACAUUGAUCUACUUGGCAGCCCGAAUCUCUCUUUGGAAGCAGAGCCGAGUGUGAGUGCUGUUGCUGACAGGGCUUCACAUUCCUUUUCAGACAAUAAUGAUACUACUGCAUCCAACAUACUCAAUGAAAAUUCUGGAGAAAGCAGGAGUCGCUCCUCUGAAUCCAUCACCAUGAAAGAAGAGCAGGGACCUUCAGGGCCAGUCGCCGAGGUAGUGGCAGAGAUCCCAAUUCCUGAAGGUUGGGAACGUCAAUGGGACACAGCAUCGCAACAAUUUUGCUACGUUAACAAAAUAACAGGCGCUAGGUGGUUCAGCUCAACAGAUUCAGACCAGAGAGUUUAUUAUUAUGAAGAGCACAGUUCCAAUUCUUCCUGGUUUCUACCUGUUCCUGACGUAAAUACAACUCAUAACCUAAACCAAAGUCCCAACACCAAAGAAGGCAAUACUAGUGUAAGUAGUGAGACUGCUUCAUUACAAGAAAAAAGUCUGGAUUCAUCAAAGCCAGUAGUCGGCCUUGUAAAGAAGCACCGUCACUCUGCAGGGGAAGUGGUGGAUAGAAAUUUAAAAACUAAAUCGCUUUUGAUUUCCUCAUCUGAUCUCAGAAAACAUGAAUUCGACAAGUCGGGGAGUUUGCCUAGGUCAUUACGAACAAUUUGGGCGAAUGGGAUGCUUGAUGUCAUUCGAGAAGGUCCAAUCGCAAGGUCAAAGAUAACAGAAAAUGGCAAAAAACUUCGAAAAAGUUGGAGUGUUAUAUAUUGCGUAUUAACGGAGUCUCACUUGAGCCUGUUUAAAGAUCAAAAAUCCUUUCUGAUGCUGACAAAGACUGAGGUGGAAAUUGAGCUGAAUGGAGCAACGGUAGAAUGGACAGAUGAAAGGUCGAGUCGAAAAAAUGUCUUCCAAUUGAGUACCUUAUCUGACUUGCAAAUGCUUUUCCAAUUGGACGAUAAGAGCUUGGCGCAAGAAUGGUUUGAAAGCAUCCGAUAUGUUACGGAAAAGAAUGACUCGACGUUGGACAUUUCUAUGCGGUUGAGAAGUAAUCCAGAAAGUCCAGAUAACUUGUUAGAUCCACCCGUGGGGGAGCGCAAAAUUUCUUCCAGACUGAAUCGUAACAAGUCUACCAAAUUGCGUAUAACCACAGUGGAAGACAAGGAUAAGAUUAAAAUUAAAGAAAGUUUGCGAAGGUUUUUUAGUCGAAGACCUCCUCGCGAAUCUUUGGUGAAGAAAGGAAUUUACAAAGAUGAGUCAGUAUUCGGUUGCUCUUUAGAAAAAUUGUGCACUCUGGAAAAGGAAGAUGUUCCGCGAUUUGUUCAAGAGUGUAUAGUUGCAAUCGAAAGCAGACCUGAAAACCUGAAGACAGACGGCAUAUAUCGGGCAUCGGGAAAUUUGAGCCAGGUGCAAAAGAUCAGAUUACAGGUUGAUCAGAACAAUUUAGCUUGUUUAUUUCAAGAAGAAGAUGUGCACGUACUAGCAGGUUGCCUUAAGCUAUUUUUCCGUGAACUAAAAGAGCCACUCAUCCCAUCUGAAUUAUUUGAGAAAGCUCUUCAAGCGUGCCAUGCCUCUAACAGAAAAGAGAAACUAAAUCGUCUCGGUGAAAUUGUUAACUGUUUGAUACGACCUAAUAAAUGCACACUUCAAGCAUUGCUGAGACAUCUUCUUAAAGUCGCAGCAUACAGUGAAUUUAACCGAAUGCAAAUCCCAAAUCUAGCCAUUGUAUUUGGUCCAACCCUCAUGUACGCCGCAGAAACACAAAAUAUGGCGACGGAUCUAAUGCAGCAAAAUUUGGUGAUUGAAGCAUUAUUGCUGGAAUACGAGUCCAUUUUUCAGUGAUAAUAUAAUCUGCAAUUCUCAACAAUUCUUAGGAAUCAUGGUUUCCCUUCCUCUUAUUCUUUCCUGUAUUAUUUGCAUUAGUUAAAAAAUUGUUUGCCAUUCACAGAUCGAUCACGCGAUAUAACUGUAAUUUAUACGAUAAACACACAAAGUAAUAAUGAUAAAUCAAACUAUCCGUAGCUGGAAAUAUAUAAAAAUCGGAAAUUGAAA